GCCGGGCAGGGUCAUGUUCUCCUGCUUCUACACCGCGCUCGCGGGGCUGCUGCUCCUGCCGCUGCUGCUGAACCGCGUCUGCCCCUACUUCUUCCGCGACCUGAUCUUCUUCCUCAAGAUGGCCCGGGCGGCGCAUCGGGCGCACAGUUACGCGGAGCGCAGCCCGCCUUGCACCAUCCUGGAGGUGUUCACGCAGCGGGCGCGCCGGGCGCCGCGCAAGCCCCUGGUGCUGUUCGGGGAGGAGGCGCACACCUACGAGCAGGUGGACAAGCGGAGCAGCCAGGUGGCCCGGGUGCUGCGCGAGCACGCUGGGCUGCAGCAAGGGGACUGCCUGGCCCUCUUCCUGGGCAACGAGCCUGCCUACAUCUGGGUCUGGCUGGGCUUGGCCAAGUUGGGCUGCGCCAUGGCCUGCCUCAACUGCAACAUCAGGGCCAAGUCCUUGCUGCACUGCUUCCAUUGCAGCGGAGCCAAGGUGCUGCUGGCAGCCCCAGAAUUGAAAGCAGCUGUUGAAGACAUAUUGCCAGCCCUGAAAAAAGAAAAUGUAAAAGUCUUCUACCUAAGCAGGACAUCUGAUACAGAAGGGGUUGACAGCUUCAUUGACAAAAUGGAAGUGGUUUCAGAUGAGCCUGUUCCGCACUCUUGGAGAUCAAAUGUCACUUCUCAAACUCCUGCCAUAUAUAUUUAUACCUCUGGGACUACAGGUCUUCCAAAGGCUGCAGUGAUUACCCACAGACGUAUCCUGUUAGCUUGUGGUUUGUUCAGUACAAGUGGCGUGACCUCUGAGGACAUUGUGUAUAAUGCCCUGCCACUGUACCACAGUGCUGCCCUCCUGAUUGGAGUUCAUGGAUGCAUCAUGCAAGGUGCAACCUUCGCUCUACGCACCAAAUUUUCAGCCAGCCAGUUUUGGGUUGACUGCAGGAAAUACAACGUAACAGUGAUCCAGUACAUUGGGGAGGUGCUUCGGUAUUUAUGCAAUGUGCCAAAGAAAGACAGCGAUGGUGAUCACAGAGUAAGGAUUGCCAUAGGCAAUGGGUUAAGGGCUGAUGUUUGGAGGGAAUUCGUCAGAAGAUUUGGAGACAUCCAUAUAUUUGAGUUCUAUGCUGCAACUGAGGGAAACGUUGGGUUUAUUAACUACACGGGAAAAGUCGGUUCCGUGGGGAGAGUAAACUACUUCCAUAAGAAAAUGGUACACUAUGAGCUGAUUAGAUACGACGUAGAGAAAGAUGAACCAGUCCGAGACGAAAAUGGAUAUUGCAUAAGAGUUCCUAAAGGUGAAGCAGGGCUGUUGAUCUGCAAAAUCACACCAUUGUCUCCUUUUACUGGCUAUGCAGGAGCAAAAAGCCAGACAGAGAAGAAAAAACUAACAAACGUCUUCCAGAAAGGGGAUUUAUAUUUUAAUAGUGGUGACCUUUUAGUGGUUGACCAGGACAAUUUCAUCUACUUUCAUGACAGAGUUGGUGACACAUUCCGAUGGAAAGGGGAAAAUGUGGCUACUACUGAAGUUGCAGAUAUUUUAGGAUUGAUCAACUUUGUCCAAGAAGUUAAUGUGUAUGGAGUGCCUGUGCCAGGUCACGAAGGCAGAAUAGGAAUGGCAUCCAUUAGACUAAAGGAGGGCUGUGAAUUUAAUGGGGAGCAGACAUACAGACACGUUGUGGACUACCUACCGAAUUAUGCAAGACCUCGCUUUGUAAGGAUUCAGGAUGCUAUUGAGAUCACAGCAACUUUUAAACACCGUAAAGUGCAAUUAGUGGAGGAGGGCUUCAACCCAGCAGUCAUCAGGGAUGGCCUGUAUUUCCUGGAUGACAAAGAAAAGAUGUAUGUGCCGAUGACGCAGGACAUUUAUAACGCUAUAAAUAACAAUAGCCUAAAACUAUGAGUGUGUCCAGAAAAUCACUGGUCUAGAAUAUUCAGUUUUCAAAACACGUUAGUGCGUUUAAAAGUCCAAAAAGCCAUUUUGGUGAGUUGAUAAAUGUUACCAAGUGCCUGUAUCUGAAAUUCUGUGUGAUGGAGAUGUUUUAAUAGUGACACAAUCUACAUACAACUACUUUUCUUUUUCUAUGUGGUCUGUGUGUUAACCUUCACGCUCCCCACUUUCACCCAGGACACACAACAACUCUGCCUCCACUUACAUCUCAGGCUGGCUGCUCCUUCCUCUUCCUCUCUCAAACCCAACACUUUCCACUCCCAUCACCAUAUUGCUCCCUGCCUCCACUGGUUCUGCUGUGCCUCUCUCACACUGCCCUUUGUGCCUGGAACAGCCUCCAUGACCCAGCACACCAUCAUUCUUGUUCUUGUGCACAGUCUUGUACUCAAAUGCUUUCCUGAGUCAGGGCCUCAGAACGGAACGGAGAGGAAAUUCAGAAUUAGCAAGGCACAUACACAUCUUAUUAAGCGAAUCACAAUCAACUUGUGCUCUGACUUAUGUUGUGUGUGUAGACUGUAAGCUUUUUUAGAGCAGGGACCUGUCUUUGAUUGUCAUAUAGCACCGUGAAUGACUCUGUGGUGCUGUAGAAAUAAUAAAUCAGAAUGCUGUGGUGUUG